AUGUCUUCCCGAGAGAAGCAAGCAAGAUGGAUUGGUUCUUCGCCAUCUUCUGCUGUCCCUGCUACAUUCCCUUGGCUUUUUGCGUCCAAGUUGCACCGCUCCCUUGCAAAUCCUGUGAUGAGUCUGGGGACACAGAUGACCAAGGCAACGUACGCAUGA